GCUUGCACACCGUCCUUCGUCCACCAUGAGCAGUGCUACCUGGCGUGCGCACUUUACUUUCAACCGAUACUCGCAGAUCUGCGCUCGGGCCCUGCGCCAGUCCUUGAAGGAGAGCGAGCGCGUCAAGGCUGAGAAGAGGGGGCUUACUGCUCUGCGGUACCAGCACUGGGAGAAUGGCCAGGGCGGCGAGCAGGUUUACCUAGUCCCUCCUGAGGAGACCGAGAAGCCGAAAGGUAGCGCGGCGGUAUAGAAGAGGACGACGUGAUAGUUCCUUGCACGUGGAGGCUGCAUGUCAGAAUAGAAGGGACUUGUCGCGACAUUGCAAAAAUAUACUCUCAAGCAUCCUGCAACGAGACUGCAAUAUAUCCCGUUCGAGCGUGGCUCGUGCCAUUAACCUGUCUUCGCUCUUUCGUUCUUUCGUACGUCUCUCGCAACCGCAGCAGGG